AUGGUCUACGGUAAGGCUUGUCAUCUUCGUGUCGAGCUCGAAUACAAGGCUGCAUGGGCGGUCAAGUUACUGAAUUUCGACAUCAAGCCAGCAACUGAGAGGCGCAUGAUCCAAGUCCAUGAACUGGAAGAGAUAAGGCACCUCGCCUAUGAGAGUUCCAAAAUUUAUAAGGAGAAGACCAAAGCCUACCAUGACAAGCGAAUCAUUGCCAAACGUUUCAAACCAAACGAUAAGGUCUUGCUCUUCAACUCCAGACUUAGGUUGUUCCCAGGCAAGCUGAAAUCUAGAUGGUCCACACCCUUCACCGUUAAGGAAGUCCGCCCUUACGGAGCUGUUGUGUUGCUGGACAGAAAGGGAGACGAGUUCGUCGUCAAUGGUCAGCGCAUCAAGCAUUACCUUGCUGACUCCACUAUCGCAGAGGGUGAAGAAAUUCCCCUAAGCGAUCCCCCAUCAGCAUGA